AUGGAUAUUCCGAAACCUGGUGAGGGCGAUGUUAACAUCGGAACUAGCACAUUUCAGGCUUGUUGGGUCCUCACAGCCAUUGUCGGCGUGGCACUGUUGUUCCGUUAUGCCAUCAAGGUCUGGGUUCGCUGGGCUUUACCGCAGGUUACUGCACCCGGCCGAAUCUGGGGCACAGAGGACUUGUUCUUCCUUGUGGCUUGGGGUUUUGAUCUUACCCAUAUGAUAUUUAUUCAAAUGAGUGCCAACUGGGGCCUUGGCAGGCAUUUCUUCUACUUGACUAAUGAAGAGCGCCUGAAUGCUAUGAAAUGGGACUUCCUUUCACAGCCGCUCGCCGUCACCUCGGCGAUGGUCUCGCGCGCAGGGAUGAUGUGGUUUCUUUUGACUUGCUUUGCGGCGAGCGACAAAAAGAUUCGCCUGUCCAUUAUUGUCUGUUCUGUUGUUCAGGUUGUUGUCAAUAUGGUUACAAUCGUUCAAAUUAUUGUCCAGUGCGGGCCGAACCCAUAUCAGACGACUGACCGAGUCCAAUACUUCCACUAUAUGUGGACACCACUCCCCGAAGAUGGCUCCGUCAAGUGCCAAUCACCUACUGUCCAGACAACUGUUGGCUUUGUGCAAGGAGGGUUCAACACCGCCAUAGACUUCUUCCUUGCCGUGCUCGCUGCCGUCGAACUCUGGCAAUUCUUCCUGCGAACCCUUCACCGUAAUCCAAACACCUCAUUCUGGUCCCAAUUCUGCAAAAUCAGUGGCACCGUGCGAUCCCGCCGGAUCUGGCAAACCAUAACUCUCAGCGGACCACUGCUCCUCUCCGGUUGUGCUUCUAUUGUAAAAACCUAUAAACUCAAAUCCCUCGGUGAUAGACAGGACUUCACAUAUAACAUUGUGACCUUCGUUCUCUGGGUGAAAAUCGAAAACUACAGCAUCCUGCUCGCCUCAUGCGCCCCGGUAGCCCGUCUCUUCCUCCGCUCAUUCGUCGACCACAGACGCGAAGGCCGCAGUCACGGCUAUUGGUCUCGCUCCCGAUCAACUGACCACAAUGAGCCUGACACGGAGCUGAAACGCCGCGCCCAGGUCCAGGACCAGUGGCUGGAUUCGGCUACGGUGACUAAUAUGACCAAUGCUGAUGCAUAUAUUAAGGAUGAGGAGGAUCAGUGGAAUGGGCAUAAGCAUAAGCGCUCGAGUAGUCGGAUCUCAAAGGCGGAGAUUCCCGAGCAUCUUGAUGAUGGUCGUGUAACUGUUAAAACGGAUAUUGUUGUUCACGUUGAUGAUAGGAGGUCGAUUUCUUCAGGUGGCACGAGGUUGUUACCUGAUGGGGGCGAAUCUCAUUCUGCGGGGUUUCAUUGA